AUGCCAAUAAAUUUACAAUUUAGUCGUGUUCUCAUUCACCACCAUACUACUACUACUACUACUACUACUACUACUACUACUACUAAUAAUAAUAAUAAUAAUAAUAAUAAUAAUAAUAAUAAUAAUGAUAUGAAUACUAAUAUGAGAUCUACUACUACUACUACUACUACUACUACUACUACUACUACUACUACUACUACUACUACUACUACUACUACUACUACUACUAUUAAUAAUAAUAAUAAUAACAGUAAUAGUGACACUACUACUGCUGCUACUACUACUACUACUACUACUACUAUUAAUAAUAAUAAUAACAGUAAUAGUGAUACUACUACUGCUACUACUACUACUACUACUACUACUACUAUUAAUAAUAAUAAUAACAGUAAUAGUGAUACUACUACUGCUACUACUACUACUACUACUACUACUAUUAAUAAUAAUAAUAAUAACAGUAAUAGUGAUACUACUACUGCUACUACUACUACUGCUACUACUACUGUUACUACUACUGCUACUCCUAAUAAUAAUAAUAAUAAUAAUAAUAAUAAUAAUAAUAAUAAUAAUAAUAAGCAAAAUCCGCAAAUGAAAAACUCUAAAUAA